CGGAUUUGAGAAUCGAUCUACAUCUAUGGCUGCGUCAUGGGCUGAUGUCGUGCGCACCGUUUAUGACAACUGUGAAGUAGUAUAUACAUCAGCACUGCCUCUUAGGAUUCAGAGUCGUGACUGUCAGAUUCCUUUCUGCAGUACGCUGUGCUAAACAUGUUACAUGUAUACACCCUCGGUUGGGGCGCAUUUACCACUCUCUGCUUCAUUACCUUCCAUUGCUGGAAGCUGGGCAGUCGCAUAUGUCUUCUCGACAAUGCAAUCGAGCCCACAACGAUCGGAGGUCUCGGGCCGUUAAUGCUUCGCUACAGUGGGUUCUACCAUGAUUGUCUCGUUCCGCGCAACGGAGCAGUCGAAUCAGAUCCAGAUCCUAUAUCUCUGCUGGGCUCGACUUCAGGUUGUAUGACAUCAGUCCCAAGCCUGACCAGCUCCCUCCGUGUGCUAAAUUCUCACCAAUCGCGUAUAUGCUAGAAUAUCGGCUAUCGCGGGAUUACCCUGGCAAUGCAAAGGUCCCGCAGGAUCCCUAUCGUGGGCCAGAUCUCGCAAGCGUCCAUGCAGAU